AUGACAAAACCAAAAAAAAUUUGGGACCAUUUUACAAAAUUAGGAAUCAUAAAUAGAUAUACACAAAAAAGAGCAAAAUGUAAUUGUUGUUCUUUUGAAUGUGCAAAAUAUUUUGGACAAGAUUUUGAACAUCCUAGAAUCAAUGGUCCUAAUCCUAGAUAUACAAAAAAAUGA